AUGGUCGGCUCAGCGCAGUACCAGGACAACGAGAUUGAAUGGGUUCUCUCCGCUGUUGUCAAAAAGAAGAAGCAGUUGUAUAUUCAGACUCAGUUCAGAGAGAAGUUUGGACGCGCUUUGAACCACAACCAGAUUCGUUACAUCAAGAACAAGUAUGGCAAAGACCCCAGGUUCAAUAGCCCGCUAGUGAACAUUCAUGCUCCUCCGAGAGUAACAACUCCUGAGCCAGAGGGCUCGAGUGAGCAUGAAGACGUAAAUACGCAGAAUAAUAAUGAUGCUGCCUUCGAAAAUCAAAACCAAGCUGGGCCUUCCAUGGCCACAGGAGAGGCGCAAAACGGACUAGGGAAUGAUGGUACGAAAGCAACACAGCCGAAACGUAAGAGAAGCCGGCAUGAGCAAGGGGAUGCUCUUGAAAGAUUGACAACGCAGACCAACAAAUCUCAACGAUUGAAUUUGAAUUUCAGUCCUCAACAAGGUGCUAUCCUUCGAACCUAUCAGGCAGAGACAUUUUCGCAACCGCAAAAUACGCUCGGUGCUCGAUUACCUGUUUCCAACUCCCAUACGCACCCGCCAUCAAUGCCACAAGCCUCCCUGGGAAACAGCGGCCAUGCUCCCCGAUACGCAGGAAUGAUUCAAGGCUUCCAGCAUCCACAUAUCUUUCCGUUCCUGCACAGCACAAACACCAAUGUUACUUGGGCUCCAUCCAUGUUCAUGACCAGUCAUAGUUGGGAAGUGGCUGGGAAUAUUCCAGUAUUCACAAGUACCAGCGGUAGCGGGGAUGCUUCAGCCUUGCUGCAAGCAUCCCCAUCUCCGAGGAUGAAACAACGCCACUCGAUGGGAUACACGACGUUUCAGUCGCCAACUGCAGACCAGUACCAGCUUCGACAGCCCUCUUCUCAGCUGGGCGACCAACAAGUCUCGCAGUUUUCGCCCGCUACACCCAACCUCAGUUCACCUCCACAUGCAGCAUAUCAAGAACAGCAUCAACAACUGUUGCAACAAGAGCAGCAGCUCUAUUCUCAUACUGAUGACACCAUCCCAACUUUGCCUGGUUCCGAAAUAUCAAACUCGGAGAACGCAGCAUAUGUACAAAAUCUGUCAGGGGUAGCUCCUCAACUAAUCCCCAGCUUUCAGGAGGUUCCUAUUGAGUCGACAUGUCCCCGACAUGGUACAAAGCUCUCGAAUCCAAGUGGGAUCGGGGGUGGCAUAAACUGGGCUCGCACUACUACUCCCCUCAACUCCUCUCCCCAAGAUCUCUCCCUAUUCAACUUCACAACACCUCCCAUGAGCUCUCCAUUCGAAAUUGUUAGACAAAGGGGCCUUACGGCUGCCACUUCGCAAGCUAUCGGCCAAACACUCCACUACAAUGCCAACAUGUUCAAUUCGAGCCUGUCUACUCAGGGACAGCAUUAUCACUCGCCGCCGCAGUCUGGUCAACAGCAUCUCAACUUUGAUGGUAGCACGUUUGAACUCCUUAGCAUGGCCCAGACCCCUAUUCCAAACACCACAACCGCUAUGCCUUAUGCGCAAUUAUCAUACCCAAUGAAUAAUUCGACCAUGGAGUUUUCGCCCUCGAUGGUGCAAGCUGGAAACCGGCCUCAUUUAUGCCAGUGUCGAUCAACCCCUGGAUCACAUGUUUGUUCUGUGCACGGCACAGUUCAUGAUCUGUCUGGCACGAUUGAUCCAAGACUGCUGGCUACGAACUCGGCUUCCCCCAACCCUCGCACAUCCGGGUCAUCACCCUUCGGUGAAACUAAGCAUGAACAGGGAACGCCCACAAAGAGUUCAUCAUCUUAA